GUUUCUGACUGGCUGCGGGGCCGAGGCCGCGCAGUAAAUGGCGACGCUGGCGGGAAAGUUGAGUGGCUGGUUCGCCGAGCCUCCGAGGCGAUGUGUAGUGACUUCUAUAGGGCUGAGUCUGGGACGGAGCUCCUUGCCCGACUGGAAGGUAGAAGUUCCUUGAAAGAAAUAGAACCACAUCUGUUUGCUGAUGAAGAUUCACCUGUGCAUGGUGAUAUUCUUGAAUUUCAUGGCCCAGAAGGAACAGGAAAAACAGAAAUGCUUUAUCAUUUAACAGCACGAUGUAUACUUCCAAAAUCGGAAGGCGGACUGGAAGUAGAAGUCUUGUUUAUUGACACAGAUUACCACUUUGAUAUACUUCGGCUUGUUACAAUUCUUGAGCACAGACUAUCCGAAAGUUCUGAAGAAAUAAUAAAAUACUGCCUUGGGAGAUUUUUUUUGGUGUACUGCAGUAGUAGCACCCAGUUACUUCUCACACUGUACUCACUAGAAACUAUGUUCUGUAGUCACCCCUCCCUCUGCCUUUUGAUUUUGGAUAGCCUGUCAGCUUUUUAUUGGAUAGACCGUGUCAACGGAGGAGAAAGUGUUCACUUACAGGAGUCCACUCUGAAGAAAUGUUCCCAACUCCUAGAGAAGCUGGUCAAUGAGUAUCGAUUGGCUCUUUUUGCAACAACACAAAGUAUAAUGCAGAAAGCGUCAAGCUCAGCAGAAGGGCCUUCUUGUGCCUUUAAUCGCCAGAGUGAUGUGGAUGUAGACUAUAGACCCUAUCUCUGUAAGGCGUGGCAACAGGUGGUAAAGCAUAGGAUAUUUUUCUCCAAACAAGAUGAUUCCAAAACCAGCAACCAGUUUUCUUUAGUUUCACGUCAUUUAAAAAGUAACAACUUAAAAAAACAUUGUUUUAUUAUUGGAGAAAGUGGUGUUGAGUUUUGUUGAUAUAUAUCAUAAAAUAGUCUUUUUGUAAGAUAUGACGCAAGUUUUAAAACGUCUUUAAUAGGCUAAAAUGGUUUGAUUCUAAAGUUCUUAAACUCUAAGGAAAUUUAACAUAACUGUGUUUCUAUACAGAAUGGAUUUCUUAAACUAGUACAGUAGAACCUUAGACUCUUCUUCCCUAGGUUGUUGAAGAUUAUUCAAAGUGAUAAUAACAAUUAAGCUGUAUUAAGUUGUUUCAAGACUAAAUAAAUAAGAUAUACAUUUCAGUCCAAAUAAAGUGGAAUAUUCCAACUUUGUGUCACAUUUCUGGAAUUCAGUUAAAUACUUGUUUAGGAAAGUUGAAAUGCAUUUCUGAUUUUUCAUAUGUAACUCCUUUAAGAAGCUGUAACUUUGGAGAAUGUUUCUGUAGAGCUGUUAUUUCUGUAAAAAGGAUGAAAACAAGGAGCUUACCCAAUCUGCCUUUCACACCAAAGACUGUGGAAAGUCAGAGCACUUUGAUCUGUUUUACUGAAUUCAAAGAGGGAGCUGCAUUAUGGUUGAGAUUCUGUAUAAUUUUUAAAACACAGGGAAAUAAGAUACCCAUUCAAGGAGUUCUGUGAAUAUUGAAAUUUUCAUCUUUCUUGUUAAGUGAUAGAUAAAUGCUAAAACUAUAUAGUAACUAUAUGUUACUUGUGUUUUCU